UAACGAGACAAAUAUUGCUUUACAUUGUAAAAAUAUCACACAUUGGCAACACCGCUUAAAUAGUUUGACACAGAGCACCUUUGACAGUUGUUUUCCCGAUUUUCAAUACAAUAAUUUCUAUGGUAGUUACGAUUUUGGCUCUGUCCUUAUUUUCAUUAAGGCUCAUACGUCCAAUAUAAAUAAAAGUGCGUUUCAGGCCUGAUUGUUUAUUAUACGAAUUGACUAAAAGGUUUUCAUCACAAUGUCUAAAGCCGGUGCCCCGUCUAACCCAAAAGCGGUCGCUCAAAAAACUUGGGAGCUCUCAAACAAUGUAGAAAUAGUGAGUUCAGUGGACGAAAUUUACCGAUAUGACAAACAACAACAGCAAGACAUUCUCGCUGCCAAACCAUGGGAUAAGGACCCCUACUUCUUUAAGGACAUAAAGAUCUCUGCACUGGCCUUACUCAAAAUGGUAAUGCAUGCAAGAUCUGGAGGUACAUUAGAAGUUAUGGGUUUGAUUCUUGGAAAGGUUGACGGCAACACGAUGAUCGUCAUGGAUUCGUUUGCCUUGCCGGUAGAAGGAACUGAAACUAGGGUAAAUGCACAAGCUCAAGCCUAUGAGUAUAUGAGUUCCUACAUAGAAGCAGCGAAAUUGGUUGGUCGACAAGAAAAUGCCAUUGGCUGGUACCACAGUCAUCCUGGUUAUGGAUGUUGGUUGUCUGGAAUAGAUGUCAGCACUCAAAUGCUUAACCAAAACUUCCAAGAACCUUUUGUUGCUAUUGUGAUUGAUCCAGUACGUACAAUAUCUGCUGGAAAAGUGUGCCUGGGAGCAUUCAGGACCUUUCCUAAGGGCUACAAGCCUGCUAAUGAAGAACCAUCUGAAUACCAAACAAUUCCUUUAAAUAAAAUAGAAGAUUUUGGAGUGCAUUGCAAGCAAUAUUACUCCCUGGAGGUGUCAUAUUUCAAAUCUUCAUUGGACAGGAGACUUUUGGAUUCAUUGUGGAACAAGUAUUGGGUUAAUACUCUCAGUUCUUCCAGUUUAUUAACCAACGCAGAUUACACGACUGGACAGAUAUUUGAUCUAUCAGAAAAAUUGGAGCAAUCAGAAGCAGCGAUCGGUCGUGGCGGUUUUAUUGUUGGAGGUACCGAUCCCCAUGAAAAAAGAACAGAGGAUAAAUUGUUGAAAGCGACAAAGGACAGUUGUAAAACAACCAUAGAAAUAAUUCAUGGUUUAAUGGCACAAAUGAUCAAGGACAGAUUAUUUAACAGCUGCAAGCCAAACAAUAAUAUAACUAGUUAAAUCAUGUAUUUAGUUUUAUUUGUAUUUAAAAAUUUCUUCUCACUGAUUGAUUAAUUAUUGAAAAUCUUUAAUAAAAACAUUUUUAUGAA